AUGGCUCACGGGUACGGACACCAGGGCCCAUCGGGCAUGCCGAAACAAUUCGUACUAUGCUUCGACGGCACGGGAAAUAAGUUUGCAGGAGAUGAGUCCGACAGCAAUGUGCUCAAGAUCUUUCGUAUGCUUGACCGCAGUAAAAGCCACCAGUACCACUACUACCAACCUGGUAUUGGCACAUAUGUGACUUCAAAGUCGCUCUCUAGCCAUGGUCGCUUUCAGCGCAUUAAGUCGGCGUACCAGAAAGCCAAGGACUCGGCGGUUGGCUCGUCCUUCGAUGAACAUGUCAUGGGCGGGUACAAGUUCCUGAUGCGAUACUAUUCCCCAGGCGACGAGAUCUAUUUCAUCGGCUUCAGUCGUGGCUCAUACAUUGCGCGAUUCCUCGCGGAGAUGUUAGACUAUAUCGGUCUGCUCGAGGCUGGAAACGAAGAACUGGUUCGCUUUGCAUGGAAGACGUUUGCCAAAUGGCAACAACGAUCUGAUGAUACAGAGGAGGAGCGAGAAGAGAAGAAGAGACUCUUCACAUAUAUGAAGGCUUUCCGUGAGACGUUCAGUCGUCCCAUUUCGCGCAUCCGAUUCAUGGGUCUGUUCGACACCGUCAACAGUGUCCCUCGCUUCGAGUCCGCAUGGAUGCAGCGCACCAAAUUCCCCUAUACGGCGCGCAGUUCCGCAAAGGUAAUUCGUCACGCCGUGGGUAUUGAUGAGCGUCGCGCAAAGUUCCGUCAGGAUCUGAUCUCUGGUCCUCGUCCUCAAGAGUUGAAGCAUCACAAGCACCGCCACCAUCUGCCGAAGAACCCACUCGAGCACCAUAUGGACCGUCACCGCGAUGAGCACAACCACCUCCAUCUCUUCCAUCAGGAUAAGGAGCGCAAGGCCCAAAAGGCCCAAGAAGACCACCCGGAUAAUGUUCCUUCCAUUCGUUUCAACGACAAUUCUGAAGAGGAGAAGCAAGACAGCGAAAAACCCGGUCCUGAAUCCCAAGCCCCUGGAUGGGGACCUCAGGAAGGAGAAUCGUACUACCAUAGCGGACGCGGACGCCACGCCUCACAAGCAAACUCCCGCCCAGGGUCACGCGCAGAGUCGCGCGCAGGUUCUCACGCAGGUUCCCAUCUAGGAGACGAGCCCGCAACUAUGAAACCCCACGCAUACCGCGCGCCCUCACCCCGACGCAGCCUCGCAGUUCCCAAAGCAUCCAUGGAAGACCUGCACUCAGUGGGCAGCAAGGAAUCAUGCCAGAGCGCGCACUCGAAUGUGCUAUCUGUGCAGAUCCCGGGCACAGAAGACGAGGAAGACGAGGACGAAGACGACCAAGACAUCCACGAAAUCUGGUUCCCCGGAUGCCACGCUGAUAUCGGUGGUGGCUGGAAGUUGGCGCCUGAUGAGAAGUGGGCUCUCAGUCACGCACCGCUGGUAUGGAUGACGCAGGAAGCACAGAAGGCCGGACUUGAGCUUGACGAGCGCAAGAUGAAGCAGUUCCAAUGUUUGGAGGAGUUCAGUGGAGACUACACGCCUAUUCAGCAGGAGAUCAAUGCGCGCCGGCCUAGUCGCUGUCUCGAGCCGCAUGCUGAGAACGAUGAGGCGUUCCGCUCGAUGCCGAAUGAGAAGGAGCGCAGUGCUGCUAGUCGCGAUUUCUGGCAUGCGCUACACACUUCCAGUACCGAGGGACUGAGUCACGAUUGUUUGUUGUUCAACCAGGGUAUUCCGGCCAUGUCGGUUAUCACUUGGCGCAUCAUGGAGUGGUUGCCGUUCCGUCGUAUGGAUCUACAGGCUGAUGGGUCAUGGAAGCCUAUUAGCUGGCCUCUUCCUCGGGGUGAAGUGCGCGAUGUUCCGCUCAAUGCCGAGAUCCACGUGUCUGCGAUUCGCCGCAUGCAGGCAAAUCGUAACUACCGUCCUGGCAAUGUCAUUGUUGGUGGUGGUGGACGUGGCUGCCGUGUGGCGCCCGAGGAGCAUGGGAUGGGUGAGUGGGUGGUGUUUAGGAAUGAAGGUGAUCCGGUGCGUGAAACGUACGUGCGCAAAGAUCUUUCCAAGUGCAAGGAAGGCGAACAGAAGAUUGUCCACACGCCUUGA